UAUUUCUCAACCUGGAUAAUCUUUCCUCAGAAAUGCUUGAAGCGCACUAAGUGGGUUUAGGGAUAAGCCAAUUUUUGUUUAGUUCCAGUGCUAUAAAUAUGUAGACUCCCGGUCUCUUUAUAUAGCUGUAAACUGGCUUGACGUUAAAAACGGACGUGGAAAAAUGACCAAAAUAAGAAGAACAGUUUAUUAAGUUUCAUAAUUGUCUGUUGCAUGACACGGAACAGCCUGCUCCCAAGUUUAUUAUAGAUCUGUCCGAGUCUGUCCGAGUGUACACAGUCUGUUUAAAGACCCCAAAGCGCUUUGAGCUUUUAGGCUUAUCGACUUCCUCUACUUCCCACUAAGGGCUCGAAUAUUUUAUCUGAUUUUAACUUCGCCAAAUCCUGUCAAAUUCCUGUUGCUCGCUCUGGGCAGGUGCAGCAGGCUUCUACAGGUAAAUAUCUCCGUGCAAAUAUCAUUCGUGCUUAGACAUUGUGGAACAUAAUUAGCCGCCGAUGAGCAGACAUUACAACCCACGGCAGUUAUAAAAAAAUUAUAAUCUUCGCCUGGUCGGUAGAUACGGCUUUAACCCGAACGCAUGUCACGGAAUACCGUUAUUUGAAGACUGGCUUAACUCUUGUCGGCUUAGAAUUAUCCUGCCAGCUAAGCCACAAAUAGUGGUAUAAUCCCCUCAUCAACAUUAGGGGCAACGGUUCUGAUUGUUUCCAAAUCUUGAUCACGUCCUAUAAAUACUGUGCUCCACUCAAAGCACUCUGUCUCGUGAAGUGAAAGGCAUCAUCGUCAGAUAUCUACUUUGUUGCAACACUAUGGAGUUCGCCUGGCCUGCAUUUUCCGUUCCAGCCUGUUUGGGUUGUCCUCAGUGUCUAAUGUCAAGGCUAAUGGAAGGACCACCACGAAAGCAGCGGAGGGAGCGGACAACUUUCACAAAGUCUCAAUUAGAAGUUUUAGAUGAGCUGUUCGCCAAAACAAAGUAUCCUGACAUCUUCAUGAGAGAGGAAGUGGCCAUGAAAAUAAACCUCCCUGAGAGCAGGGUGCAGGUUUGGUUCAAAAAUAAACGAGCCAAAUGUCGCCAGCAAAACAAGCAGUCAGCGGGAUCCCAAAGCAAACCAGGUACGCUGAAGAGAAAAAUUCCCUCCCCACCCUUGCAAGAUCCAGUCAAGCCGGCAAAGAGAAACACGCCUCCGUCGCAAUCGGAUCAAUCAGUCAAAAAGUUGUCUCAUGAUUCGGUCGAUUCGUGGCCGCAACAAAGCAUGAAUACAGUGGAUCAGAACAUGAAAACAAUGUUAAAAAUUCAGAGGAGUGGGCUAUACCCGCCCUCAACUGUAGUCAAUGGCCACAGGCCCGCAUCGUCACCAAGUACGCUGCCGUCGCAGUUUUAUCCGAUCCACAAACCAGAUUUUCCGCCGUAUGCAAAAAACAUACAAAUGGCUAACUGGAUGGCCAUCAACCAUACUGUAAAACCUGGUUAUUUUGCACCUGCAAUGAUAUGAUUUGUAGCCCAUUAUUUCACAAAGAACAAAGUAAAAACAAUAUUUAUUUACUACAGUAAUUCUAAAUUGGUAAAUUGUGCAGGAACAUUCAGAACAUUAACUACGACAAUAUAAGUAGACGCUCUUCAUUGUGUUGGUGUGACAACUGAAGACUCAAAUGGACGGGACCGCAAUGUAACGAACUUAUAGAUCCUGAUUUAAAACUCAGUCUUAUAUUUCGACUAUUCUUAUAUAGCCCAAUCUGGAAAAAGUCAGUGUACAUGUUAUGUUGCGUAGUUGUUUUCUGAGUUAUGGUCUAGAUAUUAAGAGUGAUUACUAAUAAAGAAUUUUUACUAGUAUUUGUAAA